UAACAGCUGUCUCUGACAGGUGUUUUAUYCUUGUGUUUUUAUAUUGGACACGUUUUACGUCGCUUAUUCUAAUAAAAUGACAUGAAUGCAUUUAAGGAAAAGGAAAGAAAAUCCGUGAAAUAAAAAAAAAGUUGACGGAAGCUUGGUGGAGGUGAAAGGUCAGGACACCGCCUUCAUGUCGCUCUGUUCUGUGAGGCGCAGCACAUUUAGUCCUUUGUCCCCGCCGGCCCGUUUCAGUCCGGACUCAUCUCUGUGCGUCUGAGGAUGAAGAUCGCUCUGCUGGGAGCCACUGGGCAGACGGGGCAGCAUCUGGUCCGACAGGCGCUGGAGCAGGGCCACGCGGUCACCGCCGUCGUCAGGAACCCGGAGAAGCUCGCCGUGCAUCACGACAACCUGAAGGUGGUGAAGGCCGAUAUUUUCUCAGCCGACAGCCUGAAAACUCAUUUCCAAGACCAGGAUGUGGUCAUGUCCUGCCUCGGCUUCCCGGCCUCCUUCUUCUCGGGGGUGACGGGCUACACCGCGUCCAUGUCCGCCGUGAUCGGCGCCAUGCGACAGGCCCGGGUCGGCAGACUCAUCACCAUGACRUCCUGGUACACGGAGCCAAACUCUGGAGCUCAGUCCUCGUACCUGAUCCGGUUCCUCCUGCUGCCGAUGAUCCGCAGCGUGCUCAACAACAUGUACGAGAUGGAGCACUUCCUGCAGAAAACAGAGGACAUCAGCUGGACCGUGGUCCGGCCCCCCGGCCUCAAAAACCUGCCGGCCUCAGCUCAGGAGUUUCUGACCCAUGAGGGAUACUUUGUUCCCGGCGGCGGCGGUCAGCCGGCUCGCAGCUCGGUGGGCAGAGGGGACGUGGCUCGCUUCAUGCUCUCUUUGCUCAACAACAACGCCUGGGUCAAACAGGGCGUCGCCAUCACCACCAAGUGAGGGGAAAACACCAGAGGGACAAUGAUUUACCUUUCAGUCGGACAUGUCUCCGUGCUCGUCACCCACYGUUUUUACCAAAGAUGUCGUGCGAUUCGUCAGAGCUUCAAUAAUSUGUURGGGAUCAGUCUCAGCUACUACCACAUCAAAUAUUAGCUCAAURUCUGUCAAAUUAACYGAGUUACAGCCAAUGUUUUUACUGCUAAUGUCAGUUAGCUGGGGCAGCMAUCUUGAAGCUUUACUUUCUGAGAGUUUCAAUCAGGUUCAUGAGAUAUUUUGCUAACAAUCACACACAAAUUAGCCCACCAAUAUUAAGUAUAAGUAAUAUUAAAUAAGGUUUUCUCUUCACSCAUUAGAAAUAGUUUUAUUUUUGCGUCUGGGGUAAUUUAGAAACUAAUUAAAACGUUCUUAAUUAGUUUCUGUUUUUGCAGCAUCUUCUCUCUUUCAAAAAGUGUCGUUGGUUCUGUUCUAAUUACAGAUUUCAGUAAAAUGAAGAGAGGAUGGGCUCRCGCCGAGAAACAGUUGCUUUUUAAGUAGAAACAUUACAUAACUCUUAAAAA